UGAUAUUCAAAUGAGAACGCCGGGGCCGCUGGGAAGGGAUUGAAGAGCGCGUGCGCGGCCUACACGCUCUCUCUCUCUCUCUCGGAUCCACCGCCGCGCCGACAUGGGCCAUCAGCAGCUCUACUGGUCUCACCCCCGAAAGUUCGGACAGGGCUCCCGCUCCUGCCGCGUGUGCGCGAACCGUCACGGACUGAUCCGGAAGUACGGUCUGAACAUGUGCCGGCAAUGCUUUCGGCAGUACGCUAAGGACAUCGGCUUCGUCAAGUUGGACUAAAUUACGAAUGGAGCAAGACUGCAAUGAGGAAAAAGAACCCUGACCUACUCAGCUGUGAUCAUCUGACAGAAGCAAACGUUUUGUAAUGCUCCAAUUUUGUAAAUAAAGUUCCUUCUUGUUAGUGCUGA